AUGAAGCUCACCGAGACAAUCGUCGCUGCUGUCCUCGGACUGGCUGCCGUCGUCAACGGCCACAUGGAGAUGACGAGCCCUCCUCCCUUUCGCUCAAAGUACAACACACUCGGUCUCACUGCCAACGACAUCGACUACUCCAUGACCAACCCUCUCGACGCGACCGGAAUUGAUUUCCCCUGCAAGGGCUACCACAAGCUUCUCGGCACUGCCUUGGGCGCGUCCAUGGCCACUUGGGCCCCUGGAGGCUCCUACAGCUUCAGCGUUACCGGCGGUGCCAACCAUUUUGGAGGUAGUUGCCAGGCGUCGCUCUCAUACGACAAAGGCAAGACCUUCAAAGUCAUUCACUCAUGGAUAGGCGAAUGUCCACCCAAGGGGGAUUCCACCUGGCCAUUCACCGUGCCCACUGAUGCCCCUGCUGGUGAGGCCCUGUUCGCCUGGACCUGGUUCAACCAGGUUGGUAACCGCGAAAUGUACAUGAACUGCGCCGUUGUCACCAUCGGCGCCGGCAAGAAACGCGAUGCUUCUAUCCCCUUUUCCAGCCGACCUGACAUCUUCGUUGCCAAUGUCGGCAACGAUGUCUGCACCUGGGAGGGCAAGGACGUCCAGUUCCCGAAUCCAGGCCCCGAGGUCGACAACGAUAGCGUAAAGGGCACCAUAGCUCCUGGACAGGGCAAAUGCAAGGGAGAACCUCCAGCUGGAGCUCCUCCUGCCGCUCCCCCAGCAGGCCAACCGGCUGCCUCCUCUGUACAAGGUCCAGUGGCUGCUCCGCCUCAAGGAACUCAGCCUGCGGGAGCGUAUCCUCCUGCUUCCAAGGUUCCGGGCGGUGUUUUCAUCACCAUACCCGUGGGACAGCAGCCACCAGCAACAGCAAAGCCGACUACUAUCGCCAGCCUCACAAGCCAGGCCCCGGCCGUCACUUCGUCUCAGCCAAAGACCUCUCCUCCCCCUGCGGCCGCAACUUCUGCCGCCCCUCCUGCUCCUCAGCCAACCAAACCAGCCAGCGGUGGUUCGAGCCCGUCCAACGGCGCAGUGACCGCGGGAUCGGCCUGCUCCAGCGAGGGCCAGUGGAGCUGCGCGUCUGAUGGAAAGUCGUUCCAGCGAUGUGCCUCUGGGAUGUGGUCUGUCUCCAUGCCCGUGGCGCCCGGAACUUCGUGCCAGCCUGGAACAAGCGACUCUCUCACCUUGGUGAACAAGCGAAGCGGUUCCGACUUUGUUCGCAGACGACGCUUUGUGUCGGAGCGAUUCCAGCGAGAACGUGCCUUGGCUUAA